AUGUGUGCAUCAGAUUUAGAUCAUCCCCAUUGGCAAACUCAUGGUCAUUCGCCUAUGCAUAUGCCUUACAAUAAUGAUAUAUAUGCCCAACAGCAAAGAGAGCCUCAUUUAGAUGCGCCUAAUAUUGAUUACCAAGCACGUGAUUCAAACCAUCAUAAUAGGAAAUCAUACGAAUCAACAGAUUUGCAAACAAAUAUUUCUUUUUAUGAUUCUCGUGCGUCUCAAGAUGAGCCACCACCUUACGAAAAUCGCUUUUAUGACCAGUGUAGUGCCACAACAACACAAUCAUCAAACAUAUCCAUACCUCAAGUUCCACCAUCAGCGCAUGAACCGAAAACACGUUGGGAUGAUCCAAAUCAUCUUCAAUCAAGCCAAAACAUACCUACUCGUGAUUCAGAAGGUCACAUAAAUGAUUUUCUCGCUUCGACAAUUACGAAUCGCAUCUUAUAUGGUUCACUAAACACAGAAGACACAAGAGGACAUCACGCUGCUCAAAAUUUCGAUAUACUUCGCACUGCGUCCCUCGAGAAUUUGCUUCGAUGGCGUGACGAGGCUCGUGCUUUAAAACACGUGGAUCGCGAACAGACCGUUACGAACGAGAUUCAUCGUCGUUUUAAUGCAAAUAAAUCAUAA